UUGUCUGCCUUGCUUACUGUUAAACUUACGUCUUCUCAAACCCACACCCACUCCGAAGCUAGACAUAACCUUGGAACUUGAAUUGAGAACCUUUCUGGCACCGAUACCACAUACCCCACCAACAAAGAAUCAGCCCAGAACCCACGGCACAAGUCUAAGUCUUGAGAAAUGGGUAAUAUUUGCGGAAAGGAGGAAAGCGAGAACUUCUCGCAACCCGGCCGCGUUCUCGGUUCCGCCCCGCCCCAGCCAGAACGUUCUUCUGUACCGGCUAAGAUCGGUGGACCGCCCCGAACCUUGGGCGCCUCUACACCGAAUCCGAAUCCGAAUCCGAACCCUCAGAACGGUAGUGAUAGCAAUGUAGACGAGGCUAGACGACGAGCCGCCGAGGCUGCCGAGGCAAGAGCACAAGCAUUCGCAUCAAAGUCUACUGGUAAGCUAGGCACACAAUUAGCAGCACAGAAGAAGCAAACACGCAACGACACACUCAAGGAAAUCAGCAACAGCGAGUUAAGACAACGAGAUGCCGACGAAGCAGCACAAGCAAGAACUCAUAACUAGCAUCUUUCUACUGAGGCGUGGGGUGUUUGGUAUUUGAAUAUGAAUUCCUGAUUUCUUUUUUUUCUCGACAGCCAUCUAACAUCUCUAUGGAAUGUCCAUCGUCUGUUACUUCUGCCUGGUUCUUUCCCACCGCUGAACGCCAAUACCCCAUGUAAAUAAAUAG